AUGGCAGACCAGUUUUGUUUACGUUGGAAUAACUUCCAAACAAAUAUAGUGAGUGCAUUGGAUUCACUAAAGUGUUCUGAAGAUCUGGUCGAUGUUACAUUGACUUGUGAAGGCAGAAACAUCAAGGCCCAUAAAGUAAUACUGUCAGCAUGCAGCCCGUACUUUAGGAAUGUGUUCAAGGAAAAUCCAUGCCAACAUCCAGUGAUAAUUUUAAAAGAUGUAUCAGCAGAUGAUAUUCUCAGUUUGUUAUCUUAUAUGUAUCAAGGAGAAGUUUUCAUUGAGGAAAGCAAAUUGUCAUCUUUUUUGCACACCGCUGCUUUACUUCAAGUCAAGGGCUUGACAGGUGUAACUCAACAGAGUGAAAAUUUUUUUUCAACCAGUGCAACAAAUAAACUAUAUACUCAGUUAACUAUAUCUUCUAAACCACAGUUUAGUGUUUCACACAAAGAGGCUAAAAUGCCAGCUCUGAAGAAAAGAAGAAGCAGCACUUCCGAUAAGCCCAAUGAAACACCUCUUGGUGAUAGUCAUAAGAAAAGUAAAAUUGUGGAGACUAGUGAGAUGUACUGCAAAAAUAAUGGAUCCCAAGUAAAAGCUGAUAACUCUUUAUAUUUACCAGAAAAUAAUAUAGAAAAGAAAAAUGAAAGUAAAACUGACCAGAUUGUGACUGCUAAUGGGAAGAAUACAAGUCAGGUUAAUAUGCAAGAGGACAUUCCAGUUACAAUUAAAACAGAAUGGGAAGAUAGUAUUUCACCCGUACACAAUCAAUCAAUAAAUUCUGAAAAUGAUGAUAGUCUUCCAGAUUAUGAGAAUAGUAUGCUUGCCAGAUCUUUAAUCUCAGGAAUCAACCCUUCAAAGAGUGAUGUAUGUGCCAACACCAUAAAAAAAGUUUCAAAUAUACCCGAUAUGCAAAGUGUCAUUCGUCAAAAGGAAUCCAGUAUGGAUUCUAUGAAUUUUCAAACCCUAACUAAGAGUCCAGUGAAAACAAACGAGGAGUCAUUAGUGAAAUCAGAGAAACCUUCACCAAAAUCUGACAUGGACUAUGAACCAGAAGUACUGUUGUCAGAGCAGCAAGAUGGCGCUGAUUCUGAGUACAGUCAAGAGCAAUCUCAAGCAUUACUGUUGUUAGCGGGAAUGUCAACAGCUCCAGUAUUGGCUAGCGGGGCGUCAACCUCACAAAAUGUCAGUCACCAGUCAAACCAUGCAGCUAUAUGUGGGGACUGUCCGCAUUGUGGUAUGAAAUAUUCAAACCAGUCAGCUCUCAAAUAUCACGUAAGAUUAAUGCACUCAGAUCUAACUAAUAGGCUCUGUUGCUAUCUCUGCCCAAGGUCGUUCACUAUGAGGGAAACCUUCAAAGAGCAUAUGUGGACCAGCCACGGCCAACGCAAC